AUGGAUCUUGGAGGCAGAGGAAGAAUCCACUGCACCAUGAGACUCACCUGCUCUCUCCUACUCCUGGCAGUGUUCUGUGUGACACCUUUCCUCUGCCACAGUCAAGUUGAUCCACUGGCUCUUGGGCGGGCAGACCCCCAGUGCUGGGAAUCCUCCUCAGCUGUUUUACUGGAGAUGAGGAAGCCUCGCAUUUCUGACUCUGUCAGUGGCUUUUGGGACUUCAUGAUCUUUCUGAAAUCCUCAGAGAACUUGAAACAUGGGGCUUUGUUCUGGGACCUGGCUCAGCUCUUCUGGGAUAUCUAUGUGGACUGUGUGCUCUCCAGAACCCACGGGCUGGGGAGAAGGCAGCUCUCAGAAGCUGUCAGAAGCCCAAAGAUGGCUACUCUACGUUCUCACUACACAGGGAGAAACCAAGGGACAUUUCCUCACAGUCAGAGGUCACCAGUUCUGAAGAAGAAGGACUCAUUUGAAGAUUUAAUAAGUAUCCAUAUACAUAAGAGUAGAUCUAUAUCACUUGGAAGAAUCAUUGGAGCGCUAGGAAAAAAGAGGAAAUUACACAUAUAGUCUAAGAUUUUGAUUUGUAGAAAAAUUUUAACUAUUUCUCUUUAUUUUUUGUAUUUUAAUCCCCAUUGAUGUCAAUUUAUGUGGUGGAAGAAGGCAUGUAACCUUGAGCACUGCAUCUCUGAUUAACUUGGAUUUAUGAGUUUUCUUAAUUACCUAUGAAUUUAGUCUCCUUACUAAACUGCAUGAUUUAUAAGCAGUUGCCUACUUUAAUC